GCAAACGUCAUUGUUGGUAUUGAAUGAUUUCUUUCCGGCUGCCACUUGCAAGCUUGUGCAAUCGGUGCGCCUUUGCGCAUUUUGGUAAUGUAAUGACCGUGCAAUUAGCCUCCAAAGCUUCUACUAUGGAUGUAAGUUACGCUGAAGAACUGGUUCUUUGACGCUUUUUACUUAGUAGUAGUAAUUAUUGUAUUGUUUAUUUAUUGUUGAGAUGCAGGUGACAGUUCUGUUACCAUUUGUUCUUACUUUGGCCAUGCUCUGUCCGUGGGGAGUAUCAGAAGCCAAGGAAGACGAGCUUCUGUGCUUCCAUGCUCACUUAAUAGUUGGGGGCACCCAAGUAAGUUUUCUUCUUGGGAAAAAUGGGACACAUGCAAAGUCUUUAGUGUUGUAUUCAAGUAUUUGGAAUGAAAACCGUCAGCUUGUAUACUGCAAAACACAUGAGGACGAUGUGGUCAUCGGACAGUAUCUUUCUUUAUGUCGUAGAAGGCAAAACUUGCAAGUUGAUGUAAUCAUUGCCAACAGUUAUAAUUUUAGUGUAAUAACGGGACAGGACAGUCCUUGUUAUGGACGGGACACUUCAGUUUCAGAGAAGAAUGAACCACAAAUAACGCAAAUGGGAAGGCGGACCUCAGGAAUCACAAGGCGGACAAAACGUGCUAUUAUUUUUCCAGGUACCCUAUGGUGCGGCACUGGUAGCAAAGCCCUUGAAUAUGAACAGCUCGGCAUGUUUGAGCCCACAGACAGGUGCUGCCGUGAACAUGACCACUGUUCCAGUGUCAUCCACUCCUUCACUGUGAACUUUGGAGUCUUCAACCGCAACAUCUUCACUGUCUCGCACUGUGACUGUGACCACAGAUUCCGCCAGUGUCUGAUGGACGUGAACGACGCCAUCUCCCAUAUGGUGGGCUACAGCUUCUUCAACAUUCUUCAAAUGCCCUGUUUCGAUUUCACCCAGAGGAAACACUGCUCCAACUCCAACUGGUGGGGAAGAUGCACAGAAAUUCAAAUGGCACCGUAUGCUGUUCUCCAGACGCAAGAUCUAUAUAAUGCCACCUACUUGAUCUCAAGAACUAAGGACCCUGUCCUAUCAGUAGGUCACCAUGUGACAGUCGAACCCUCAGUUAAAACCCCCAUCACAUCUCGAGUAAAGCCUGUGACUCCCCGAGACUCUGGUAAACUAAAGCCAGUGAAAGGGAACAAAUUCCAUCAAAAGGCAAAGAAAGGAAGGAAAUCUCAGAGCCGCAAAGCCAAGAAAGUGGCUCCAAGUCAGUCAGCUACACAAUCAGUUACCCCUCUACUGAGAAAGACUUCAUUUCCAUCAAAGAUGACAACAUUUCCAACAGUAGGGGAUGUAAAUAACACACAGAAGAAUGUAUCUUUCUUUUUCAACCCACAAACCACAUCACAACCAUCGGAAAUACCAGGCAAAAACACAACAAGGUCUCAAAUGACGCCAGCAGAGAAGCUAAUGAAUCUUUCUUCAACACAGACACCUGCAGCGUCACCACCUAGUUCUCUUAACCAGACAGUACCACCCAGUCCACAACCCUUUAACCAACCCACACAGCUUCAGCAUCAGCAACGGCGAUGUGAACCAAGAGGUAUCCCCAAAGGAGACACAUUCUUCCCCACUCACUCUGGGGAAGAGGCCUGCUUGGAACCAGAAUCACCCCUGGAAGCAGGAGACGCAGGGAAGGAGAGUGGACAUCACAAAGGCAUGAUUCAAAUUCCAGUCGCUCAGACAUCAAGGUCAGAUAAGGUCAUUACACCCCUGACUGAGGCAUCUGCACAGGCAAGGAAUACAUCAACAGCAGUUACCUCAAAUGACCCCACAGCCAAUGUAACAAAGUCACCCCAGGAAAAGGCAGUGCAGACAUCCACACUAGCCACAGUGGAGGCAUCUAGAGGUAUAUUAACAACCACUCGGAGUACAACCAACAUUUCUCCAAAUCAGACCAGAGCAGCAGUAUCAACAAGGAGUGAGAUGACAGAAUCUUCACAACAAAAGACCCCACGUACAACACAAAGGGCGAAGAACAGCCCAAGGAAGAUCUCAGUGAAGACUCUGCCACGGACAAAGAGUAACUCUGACUCUGCCUCAUCAAAAAUACCCAAUCAAUCAGGCAAUCUUCUCUGCAGUCACCUCAAAGACUUGGAUGACUGUGCACAUAAAAUCCCCCCUUUUGAGAGAAGAUAUGGCUACAACAACAAUGAGUCAAAGAGUAUUUACCAUUGUGACUGUACCCACAGGUUGUCAGGCCACAUCAGACAUCUAAAGGAUGCCAAAACCAUUCAGACCCUUUUACAAGAUCAUGUGUCUUUGCUCUGUUUUGGAUUGCAGAGUACCAAAUACUGUAGCAAGAGUACCAGGUGUUCGGCUGUUGUUUUCCCUGCAACCGGCUUACUGGUGGCUCUGAGGAAAAUGGAUGAUGGAGGACAAGUAAUUAAGCAACAACGUCCAAAGCGAUACAAAAGAAGAACUCCUGUUUUAUUGUAUAAACGCUGCUUGAAGAUAAUGCAAUCAAAAUUAACGUAGCAUUUGAUUUUUUAAGAAAAUUAAUCACUUUUGCCUGGAUUUUUAUUUAAUAAAUGAACGUGUCAGAGAA